UCUCUGCCCGGCUGUCUGCCUGAACGCUGCGGGGCUCUCAGCCCGAUUCUCAAACUCUGAAAACACAAUUACACGCAAAAGCCGAAUGCGUGGAUAUCAUGCAGUCACAUGAAACCACUUUAUUUCUAGCUGAUACACCCACGAACCCCCUCAGCUCUUCCUCUUUUUGGUGUUUUUUUCUCUGUGUGUGAUCGGAGGGGAGAGACUGGAUCCACAGAAGGGAAAAACAGGAAUGUUUCUUCCGGUUCCAACGAGUGUAAAAACCGAACGGAAGCCGAUGUGGUCUUUGUAGCCUGUCAGCAUACUCUUGUCCUCCUACUUUCGCUUCCGCUGCUCGUGCCUCAUUGAACGCUGUGCGAGUCAGCUCUACUGCCGGCUUUGGUGUCCCCCCAACUACAGGAAAAACCAUUGAGACAAGAGAGAGGCCUCUGUCUCCUGGACUGCAGCCGGCCUUUCUCAGAGCUCCAACCAACCCCCCUCCUCCUCCUCCUCCUUCUUCUUCCGCUUCAUAACCAUAACCUCCAAACCUCCAGCCAGCUGCUAGCUGCUUCACUACAGGCACUGUUGGACAAAAGGAUCCAACAUCGUCCCCUGACCGGCCCCGGACUGGUGCUCCUUCAGUGGGGGAGGGAGGGGAAGGAAGGCAGCUGAACGCUGUGCCGCUUUCCCCGGAGAUGAAGCUGCAGGCCGUCAUGGAGAACCUGCACAGGCAGCAGAGGGCCAAGCUGCUGAUGGAGCAGCAGCUACAGCAGCAAGCCGCCGCCCAGCACACUCAGGUCCGCACAAUUGUUGGAGGAGGGGAUGAGCCGAUGGGGAGCCCAGUCCCUGAGGCGGAGCAGGCCCAGAUGGCAGCGCUGGCGGCCAUGCGUGCUGCUGCGGCCGGGCUGCAGAGAGUGUCGGACAGUCCCAUGUCAGAUCGCAGCAGUGGCGACGAUGAAGGUGAUGAUGAUGACAAUGAAGAUGGGGAGGAGCAUUACAAGGACAUGAUGGGGUCAGAUGAGGAGGAGCAGAUCAAACAGAAAUGGGAUGAGGAAGACUUUGAAGGUGAGAUGGAAGAAGACUUUGACGACGACCUGGCCGAUGAGGGUCUGCCGACAGGCCAUGACGCAGUGGCUCCUGGGAAGGGCAUCCUCCUGCUGCCACACCGCCAACUCCACCCUCACUCCCAGCUGCUGAAGGCCCGUCCCAGUGUCGACCAGGAGCCCCGCGUAUCCAUCCUACCUCCCCACGCCACGCACAGUCAUCUGGGUGGACAGGACCACGGAGAAUGGACCUACGAGGAGCAGUUCAGACAGCUGUAUGAACUGGAUAGAGACCCAAAGAGAAAAGAGUUUCUAGAUGACCUCUUCAGCUUCAUGCAAAAAAGAGGAACCCCAGUGAAUCGUAUUCCCAUCAUGGCCAAGCAGGUCCUGGAUCUGUACAUGCUCUACCGGCUGGUGACAGAGAAGGGUGGCCUGGUGGAGGUCAUCAACAAGAAGCUGUGGAGGGAGAUCACCAAGGGACUCAACCUGCCUACCUCAAUCACCAGUGCAGCCUUCACCCUCCGCACACAAUACAUGAAGUACUUGUACCCAUACGAAUGUGAUAAGAGGGCCUUGAGCAACCCCAAUGAGCUCCAGGCAGCCAUCGACAGUAAUCGGCGGGAGGGCCGACGACAGAGCUUUGGCAGCUCCCUCUUCACCUACUCGCCCAACGGGACUCCCACCAUGCUCUCCUCACCGAAGCUCCCCUCGGCCAGUGUGGGCCUGACGGUGGGCACCAACGGGGCCUCGCUUACCCCUGUUCAGAAGAUCAAGAAAGUUUCCCUUUCUCUCCGGCCAGAAGAGGAGGGAGGCCAGCCGCUGCCGGGGCUCGGUGUGGCUCGUCUGCCAGCAGGGGCCUUGGCAGGUCACUCGGUGGCUGCCGUGCAGGCAGCGGCAGCUCAAGCAGCGAUGGCGGCUCAGGUGGCAGCUCUGGAGCAGCUGAGGGACAAACUGGAAGCUGGCGAGCCACCAGAGAAGAAGAUGGCGCUGCCGGCCGAGGAGCACCAACGACUGUUGCAGAGAGCACUGCAACACAACCUGCUUGCCAUGACCGCUCAGUUACCCAUGAACAUCCGCAUCAAUAACCAAGAGGGCAGGCAGGACUCUGCCCUGAAUCUCACCACCAACGGCACAAGCAGCAUUAGCAUGUCAGUGGAGCUCAAUGGAGUGGUGUAUACUGGGGUUCUUUUUGCUCAGGCAGCAGGAGGGUCGGCCUUGUCCGGUGCCCCUGGAUCGUCCGUCUCUAACAAGGCGGUCAGCAGUCGUGUCGUACCACAGCAGCAGCAGCAGAACACACCUACCUCAACCUCAGCCUCCAGCAACCCGUUGUCUUAACAAACCCCCAGCCUUUUUUCUUUAUUUUUUUUAAGUACCACGCUAAGUAAAGCCAAAAAUCAACCUCAUUUUCUACAUAAUCUAUGCCAAAAGAGAAGAACCAUUAACUGUACAGAAAGACACAAACUGAAACUCAGAUCACUUGAAGUACACUAUCUCAGGUUUUCUCUCACCAACUCACCUCUUUUGUUCUUCAUAGCCAAAAUAAUUUCGGAAAAAAAAGAAUAUCUCAACUGAGAGCCAGUAUAUGCUAAACAAAUAUGUAUGCACAACCUGUGAAUUAUUUAUUUCCGCAUAAAUGUACAGAUUAUUGGAGAACAAAAGAGAAGGUAAUAACUUGGAAGGGUAAUGCACUGUUUACACACACAAAAACAGCUACUGAUUGACAGCGAUGUUUUAUCCUCUAGGGGAGAGAUUUUUUAAAUUUUAUUUUACCUUUUCAUGUUAUUAGUGUCAUUAUUGUUAUUCUCUUCACUGUGUUUUAUCAUUUAAAUCUUUAACAAUCCUCUCACUGCAGGAAAAAAAAAUUAUAUAUUUAGAAUUCUAUAUAAAAAAAAAGAAAAUAUGAAUAUCCUCUAUUUUUAAUCAGAAAAGCUUUAAAGGUAUAUGUUGUUUCGUCAGGGCAUAUAACAAUUUACCGUUGUGACCUCAUUUUGUGUAAAACCUUAUUCACAUGGCAGCCAUUUUGGAUCUCUGUUUGAAAGGGUCCAGUGCAGGUGUGCGCUCCUGUUGUGUGCAGAGAUACACAUGAUAUCACUGCUGCAUAUGCUCCAGUGAAACUCAAAUGUAAAACAAACUGGAGAAUCUGCGAGAAUAUUGGUUCGCCUUUUCAUACAUUUGAUACAUUAUUGAUCGCUACAUACUUGGUAGAAGCAAAUUAGCUGUAAUGCUACAUAGCUGAUGAAUUCAAGCAGUUGUUGUUCUUCCUGAGAUAGCUGGCUUAUUUUGUUCUCCUCACCUGCUUGUUGACAGAAGGCCAGUUCAGUGCAUACCCGUGCCCAUCUUGCUGGUCGUUUGUCAAGCGUUGUGUUCAAAAUGGCUGUUUUGUAAGCAUAAGGUCAGUCGUGCAGGUGGGAAAAUGAACUAAAGCCUUACAUGAGGGUUUUUUUCCCCCCCUUGCCGCACUUCUACACGCUGGACCUUCUGAGCCUCAGAGGCGUACACACCGACUGUUGCCGUUUGGGGCUCAGAUUGUAUGUGAAUAAUAUACGAUUGUUCUCAGGUGUCCAAUCUGCUCAUCGCUUUGUACAAUAUCGUGACAGAGCAAUGCUUUUCAACAUCUUUCUCUGUGGGAAGAUCGAUUUUAAUUUUUUUUUCUAACUUGGCCUUCUAGUGGAGUGAUUGUCUUAAGGUCAGAUGCAUGCCUGUAUUUGUAGAUAAAACCCUUCAGCGAUCAGGAGUGAGGUAGGAAACAUGUGAUUUCCUGUCUUAAAGGGAUAGUU